GCCUCAUCAAGAUUGACUAUGUGUGUUGUGCGUAUAAAGUCGCACCGCCUUCCAACUUCGUCUCCCCCUUCUCCCUUUCCAUCAAACAACAUACACGCCUCCUUGCCAGUACCGCUCAGAGAUCCGCGCACACUGUCUAACCAGCUACGCCUCCUUGUCAAAGGCCGGCACUUUCGCAUCCCCAGCAGCACUAACAACACUUUGCGUUUUCAAAAUGUCAGAAAUCAAGAACAUUGUCAUCAUCGGUGCCCUCACAGGCGCUCUCCUCGCGCGAGCAUUGGAGAAGUCCUUGCCGCCCACCCAUCGUCUUGUCCUCAUCGAGAAAAACGAGGCUGCCUUCUGGCCCGUCGGAAGCCUCAGAGCUGCUGCACUGCCAGACUUUGAGAAUAAGAUCUUCGCACCCGUGGCUGGUUUCUUUCCCAAGGACUCCAGACACAUUGCACUGGGAUCGACUGAGGUGACAUCGCUCGGCAAGACCAGCGUCACUAUCAGCAAGCCUGCCGAAAGCCUCUCUGGCGUGACGGAGAUUCCAUUUGCCUACGCCAUCAUCGCCACCGGUUCGAGCUACGCCUACCCAUCCCGUCCCGUCGCCGUGGAUGUUGCGACAUCCAAGGCUAAUCUCAAGAAGACGCAGGAAGACAUCAAGCAAGCCAAAUCCAUCCUUGUGAUAGGUGGUGGCCCAGUCGGCAUCGAGUUUGCUGGCGAGGUAGUGGACCAGCAUCCAUCGAAGAAGGUGACGCUGGCCACGUCAGGUCCCGCUCUCCUCAGCCCUGCGUGGAAGAGCUCCCUGGCUGACAAGCUCGAAUGGCAGCUCGAGAAAGCCGGCGUGGAGCUCAUUACCAAUGCCAAGGUCGACUUGCCCUCCGACGUGAAGACUGGCGAACUUCUUACCGAGUCGGUGUCUGUCAAAGCCGGCGAGAAGACUGUCGAGACAGAUUUCAUUCUGAUUGGCACGGGCGCCAAAGCGAACGGACAGCUACUGCCUGCGGAUGCCAAGGACCAAGAUGGUCGGGUCAAGGUGGACCAGCAGCUUCGCGUUCAGUCAGAGACUCUCGGAGACCGAUACUUUGCUGUUGGAGAUAUUGUGAGCGCGGAAGGCUCUGGAACCUUUAUCAACGCUCAAAACCAUGUGCCGGUCGUCGCUGCGAAUCUCGGCGCUGUGCUCAAAGGAGGCAAGCCAGCCAAAGCAUUCAAGCCGAUGCUAGGCGUCCUCACCGUGCCGAUCGGACAGAAGGCAGGGGCAAGUCAAUUGUUUGGAUUUGUUGUUGGGGAGUGGCUAACACCCAUCAUCAAGGGCAAGCAUCUGUUCCUCUCGACGUUCACCAAGACCUUCUCAUACGCCUUCUAAGGCGCACCACUUUGCGCCUCCACACCCCCACUGCUUCAGCUUUCCGCCCUCUCAUACCCCUCUCAAGUAAACCAGUCUUACGCUUACUUCACGUUGCAGCACUCGUCCUCGAAAGUCCUCUGUUUUCGGUGCAAAUGUGU